UUGAAAAGCAUGGAUAUACCCAGCAGCGGCGCCAUUUUCACCUUGGGCAAAUCCCAUUUGGCUGAAAAUACUCAAAGUUAUUUCUAUAUCAAAAAUGAUCCGGUUAAACGCUUGAUAUCCGGUCCACAUCAAAGUGCUGUUAUAUGCGAAUCUGGCCGUCUAUUUGUUUGGGGCGAGAAUCACUAUGGCCAGUUGGGCAUUGGUGGACAUGGCAGCAGCAGUAGCAGCAGCAGCGUCAAGAACAAUAACAACAACAGCAAUACCGGCGACAUAGUCACUAAACCAACAUGCGUUAAGGCCUUGAAAACAUUGGGCUUAAAGAUUUGCGAUGCCGCCUUUGGUAACAAUUGGGCCGUAAUGCUAACACAUUCAAAUGAGAUUUUCUUUACGGGACGCAACAUUUUUCCCAUGGACACGCAUGUGGCACAGCAUUUUAUAGCGGCCCAAGUGGAACAAGUGGAAUGUUUUCUAAUACGAAAACCCUUUCGUUUGGAGGAAUUUGAUGAUUAUCUAUCGAAGAACGAGGAGACGGAUAACUUUAUAACCGUGCAGGCGGGCAAUGAACAUUUUGUAGUCAUGACUACAACUGGUCGUCUAAUUGGUUGCGGUUCAAAUGAUCAUCAGCAGCUGGGUGAUCUGGAGUCGGACUAUGAUGGUCAUCCGGUGGAGAUUAAGUUGGAUGCCACAAUUCAGCAGUUUGCUUGUGGCCCGGAAUCAACUUUGGUAUUGACAGCUAGUGGAAAUCUCUUUCUCACGGGACGUUUGAAUGAAUUUGUUUUUCCCAAAUUCACGGAGCUACAGAAAAAUCUUUCCCAGACGGAACAAAUCAUCUUUAUGCAUAUAUCAAAGACAAGUGAGAUUUAUAUAGUAACCAAUGUGGGCAAUAUCUAUCGCAGUUUCGAGUCGGUGAGAAACAAGAGUUUGGUCUUUCAACGUUUCUAUGACUAUGACAGCGAAGAGAAUGGUCCCAUUUGGAAGCUGCUAAAGGGUUUCUCCUUCUAUGCGGUGCUAAGUAAGGCAAAUAAAUUUUUCACUACCUUCUCGGAGAGUGGACAUCAUUUGAAAACGUUUCGGGAAAUAUCGAAAUUUAAGAAUCUUCGACUCUUGGACAUUGCUGUGGGGGAUCAGCAUGUUCUGGUGCAGGGUAUACCCAGAUCAGCAUUGGGAACGGCGGAGGCACAUCGUCAUACGAGUCGUAAUUUUGUUCUACAGCCGCAGGAUGCAAAUGGCAAUGCCGCAGAGCCAGCUAGAAAGACCAGUGCAAGGAAUCUAAUCAAGCAACAAGUGGUGGAGGAGCCGGAUGAGAGGCAGUCAAUAGCAGUCGCAGAGGCUAUUGGUACUGGAGCAGCCGCAGGAGUGGCAACUGGAGCCGCUUUAGAGGCUGUAAAACAUAUCACAAAUGAAAGUGAGCAAAGCAAUGAUAAGAUGACGGAGAAGGAGGAGGAAGUUAAUGGAAAUCAAGAAGAGAACUCGCAGAAAAAUGGAACAGAACCUCCAGUACAAGAUCAUGCGGAGGAUCAUCAGGAAGAAGUAAAAGAAGUAAACCAUCCUGUGGCAGUGACGCCCAAGAGAGAACCAUCUCCACCUAUGGAGCCAACUGCUCCACCUGAUGACUCACCCGCUAAAACUAUGGCAUCCCUGGCAAAGCUACCUACACCACCAACUAAAUCUCCCUCUGUAUCUCCAUCGCCGCCCCGUAAAUCUCCAGCAAAUUCCAUGAAAUCUCAAAAAUCGGCAAAAUCUACAAUACAUUUCGAUGAAGCGAAUCCUCACCCCGAAAAGAACCAAAGUGACGACAGUCAAGAGGGAAAACACUUACGUCCACAUACUCCCUAUCCGGAGAGUAGUAGCUCCAGUACACCGACAACGAUUAAGAAGACACCAAUACGCAAUUUCUCCUAUGAGGCAGCCAUGGAUCAUGAUCAUUUGGAGCGAACUUCACCGGAACUGGCAGAUAGCUUGGAGACAGUGGAAGAGCAUCCAAGAACCAUAUCUUCCUCCAAUGCUGCCACUGCAGCCGCCACUAUACAAGUUUCCACGCCCACGCCGCCCACAGAAGAAGAUGAACACUUGGCCGUAGAGAUUACCACCACCAUGGAUUCGCAGGAUAGUGAGAAAGAAGUGAAUGAGAUACGUUUCAUCAACAAUGGCAUUGAUGUAACCGCAAAGGUAGAGGAACAAAUGCCCGAUACACCCCUUAAAAGCUCCAUGGAGGAAGAGGAGGAAGAAGAGCAAGAGCAACAUGAGGUGAUGGAAUCAGUGAAAGAUUCUCAUGAAGAGCAGUUGAUGCUACAAAUGGAAGAGCAUGUGGAUAAGGUAGUAAACGAAUACCAAAAAGAAGCCACUCAAGAAGCAUCAUCGAUUCAAACAGCCAUGCGAAGGGCGGCAAAUGGAGCCAAAGAUGCUGUCGAGGCAGCUGGUGAGCGUAUGGCCACAGGAGCACGCGGUGCUGUGGAUGCAAUGGGCGAUGCCAUGGGAGCAGCUGGCCGUGGUGCCCAACGUAUGGCCAGCGAUGCCAUUCAUGCUGUGGAGCAGGCUGGAAGUAAUGCAGCGAAAGCUGCCACAGAUACCAAAGAUUCGAUGGGCCGUGCCAUGGAUUCAGUAACCCAUAAGAUUUCCAGCGAAAUGUUGGGUGCCAAGGAGAACAUAUCAUCACUGUUUCAGAUAAAAGCAGCACGUGAAGCAGAUCCACACACCACACCAGUGUCCACACCACGUGACGACGUUGAAGAUGGAGCCCCAAAAACUAAUACCACAACUGGAUCUAACGAGGAGGAUGAACGGACGACAGCAUCAGUGAAUUCUAAUCAUAAUUCAGCUGGCGUCAAUGGCAAUGGUAGUAGCAAUCCCUUUGAACCGGACACAGUGUACGAUGAUCCACUGGAUGCUGUAGUAGAGCGUAGCAAAAAAGCGAUGCAGGCAGAUUUGAGGGCCAUGGAAGAGCGUGCCCAGUCCCAUGUCCAGGCAGUUGCAGAGAAGAAGGAAGCAGAAGCUAAAGGAUUUGUCCAGCAGAUGCUCGAUGGGAUGGGUCUAUCGUGCCGCAACGAAAAGGCCGUGCAAAUUGCAAAUGCUGAUGACACUCCACACUACAACAAAAACAAAGUGAAUAGCGAGUUGAGUCUGCACAAUGGCAACAAUCAGCACGGCAAUCAGCAAUCGUCACGAGUAUGCACAAUUUUAUAA